CACAAUGUGUUUAUGAUUAAAGAAUUUUAACGUGGGCUCAUAUACCUGUUACUUACCAUGAAAUGAAACUAAUAAAAUUUCAUCAGUUGCCUUUAUUGUUUUAUAUUUAGUAUUUAUUCUACACAAUUUUUUUAAUUAACCAUAAACAUGAAGUUACAGAAUCUAUUAUGUUUAGCUUUAUGGAGCAUACUCUCUGUAUUAGGGGCAAAAUUUGAAGCUUUUUAUCCAAGAGAAGCAUAUGGUGUGAGCAAUGGAGCGUCUAGAUCACCUCACGGCCAUGGAUCAUUCUACAAGUUCAGAAACCCGGCUCUUGUUGAUGCUAAAAAUUCUCCUGCUUAUGGAUAUAGAUUUGACGGGAAAAGGCGUUUCAAUUUUGACUAAUGAUUUAUGUACAUAUGUAUUUAGAAUUAAUAUUAAUGUAUUGUUCGUCAAUAAUAAUAAUAAACAAAUAGUAAGAAAAAGCAGCAAAA